GGACUUUCAGUGUCAGUCAGGCUGUUUAACUAGUCAGAUUAAUCAGGGAAGCUGCAGCAAAAGCAACACAGUUUCAAAAUGAGUAAAAGACCCAACCUCGUGAAUGUAGAAAAAUGGAUUUCAGAAAAUGAGGAUGCUUUCCUGCCACCAGUUUGCAACAAGCUCAUGCACUUUUCCCAGUUGAAUAUCAUGUUUGUCGGUGGUCCUAAUAUGAGGAAGGAUUAUCAUAUUGAGGAAGGGGAGGAGUUGUUCUACCAGCUGAAGGGGGACAUGUGUCUGAAGGUGAUAGAAAAUGGCAAACACAAAGAUGUGCACAUCAAGGAGGGAGAGAUGUUUCUGCUGCCAGCUCGUAUCCCACACUCCCCCCAGAGACAGGCCAACACCGUGGGACUGGUGGUGGAGAGGAGACGGUUGCUCACAGAGACAGACUGCCUCAGGUACUAUGUGGACAACACCACCACGAUCCUGUUUGAGAAAUGGUUUUACUGCGAGGAUCUCGGAACCCAACUGGUGCCAAUAAUCAAGGAGUUCAUGGCGUCAAAGCAGUACAAAACAGGAAAACCAAAUCCAAAUGAAGUCUUGGGGGAGCCUGCAUUCCAGAUGAACACCAUGAACGUGAUGUCGCCCUUCUCCUUCAAAGACUGGCUGGACAAACACAGGGCGUCGCUGGCCAGCGGCCGUCCCAUCGACAUGUUCGGAGCUCAGUUUGAGACAGAGGCAAUGGUGUUUGGACCUGGGCAGACAGAGACAUCCGUACGGCAAAGUGAUGUGUGGAUUUGGCACAUGGAAGGUUCGUCAAAAGUAACUAUGGAUCAGCAGGAGUUCAGUCUUUCUGCAGGAGACAGCUUACUCAUCCCUGAACAGACCCACUACCAGUGGCAGAGAGAUGAGGGGACGGUUGCCCUGUUUGUUGUCCAAAACCCAGAGCGGAAGAGACCCUGAGCAUCAUCUGCCAAUUCACAAACACACACACAUACACACACAUAUCCAUUAAAUAUACAGUAUUCUGUACAGGUAGUGAGGCACUCAGUGUAAGUGUAGACAAAAAUGGUAGAUUGUGUACAGUAAAAUAAAUCACACACUCAUUUAAGUGAGAGUGUUCUGUUAUGUGUUAAUGAAAAUGAAUAGUACUGAUAAACACCAGAAGCUACUUGAUUCCGAAACUUGAUUCUGAAAUUGCACUUUGCUGUAGUUACAUAUAUAAAUUGCAUGUAAUUUAUAGAUCCGCCCCCAUACGCGGCUCAGCAGGUACAAUGGCUCAUUCACUAAGUAGAAGGUUGGGGGUUCAACUCCUGCUAUGGAGUCCUUGGUCAAGACAGUGAACCUAGUUGCCAUCACUGUGUGAGUGUGUGUGAAUGUGAAUGGACGAAUGAAAGGAAAAUUGUAAAGAGCCUUGUCCAUUAAGGUCAAAAAGUGAUAUUUAAGUGCAACCCAUUUACUUAUGAGAGACAUCUAAUAAAUAAAUAAACAGAUAUCUGAGAUAAAA